ACUUCACCGGGAGCCUCGCGCGCCCCACCGCCUGUCGCCCACAACAGCCCGCAUCAUCAUCACCAUCAUCAUCAUCACCACCAUCAUCAUCAUCAUCCUCCUCAUCAUCAGCAUCAGCAGCAUCAGUGUGAUGAAGCAGCGGAGGACGGAGACCUUCCUGCUCUGAGACACUGGAUCAGCGCGCAGACAGGAUGACUGAGGUGAUGAACUCUCUGGAGCCGGGUACGGAGGACUUCAGCGCGGGUGGAGCAGGAGCAGAUCAGGGCGCAAUCUUCCCAGAUACCCAUGAAAGGUAUCCAAAGUUGUCCAAGAGGCUUCCCUCCAUCGUGGUCGAGCCGACGGAUGGAGCCGAGGUGGAGAGCGGCGAGCUCCGCUGGCCGCCAGAUGAGCCGAGCUGUCCGGACGCCCAGAGUGAGAGACAGAGUGUGGAGGGGCAAACUGCAGAUGAGGAACAGUUGAGCGUCAGCGUGGACGAAGAGGCUUCAGGUGCGGAAAUGCAGGACUCCAACUGAACAAACUCUCCUCCUGCGUAAUCCACCGCUACUGUGAGUGUGUCCAGACUUGGAUGAAUGGAAACGAGUCAAAUAGAAGAAGAGCACGUUGCUUUGAUAGAAAGAUCUCUGAGACAGGGGAGGAAGGGUAGAAAAACAGAUUCCCAAACCCCAGCUCACGGGCUUGGAGCCAGAAUCCUGUUGCCACUUUCUUUAAAUAGAUUUACAAGAAGGUGUUUUUUCUUUUCGUGUACUCAUCUACGCUGAUGAAGGAGGUUGUUCUGACACAUGUAAGCUAUUGAAGAUAAUUGUUGCCACCUUAGACCUUCUGGCUGUUUUUUUUUUCUUGAGAAGCUGUCUGCCUUUUUAAAUUGAAAAAAAUAUACUUUAACUGUUGGCAGCAGACAUGUUUUUAAUGUCAGAAUUUAAAGUACAGAGUCUGAAUCUCCAGUUUAAGAGAGUUAAAACCGUCUAAUAUAUCUGUUGUCACAUUUCAAGCUUUGCGAUUUUGAUAUAUAUAUAUAUAUAUAUAUAUAUUUAUUUUAAUUCUCUGGCUCCAAGCCCUCACCGUCCAGAUGCCCACAAUGUCACAUCUGAUCUGGACAGAUUUUUAAAUUUCUAAAUGCUGUCUUAAGUAUUUAGCUCAUGUGUGCCAUACUGCUACUACUAAUGGUAGCUAAUGUUUUUUGUGCACAGUUUUUACAUUAACUCUAGAUGUAAAUUACAUCACUGUAUGUUAAGUGCUGACUGCUGUAGUUUGGUGAUCUUGGUCUCACUAUUCACUUUGUAAUAAUAGCUACGAUGUUUUAAAGAAGAGUAUUUGAUUAAGAAAGCCGUCAUCACUUUAUUCGAUGUUAUUACGAUAAAUUCUCUAAUAUAUUAGAAUAUGUAAGCAUUGUCUUCAUACGGUAGGUGUUAAAAGGAAUGUAAUCGUUUUCUGUUUUACUUAUUGGAGCAAUAUGUUCACAGGAAUUUAAAGGCAGUCCAUUUUGUUACAGAAGUAAAAAUAACCAGUAUAUUUUAGAUGUGUGUCGCUUGUCACAGACAUGAUAUUUUUUAAAAUACUGGAAACCUAAAUUAUUGCACAAGUAAUAAACCUUUUCA